AUGGAAAUAUUUUUGCGGCCACGCUGGGUGUUCGAGUUGAUCCAGGUGAUGCAGUACUCGCACUGUGUUAGUGACCCCCUCUGCUACUGGUACUUUGCCCUCCUCAAGAGACCAACCAAAGAACUCACCCCUCAAUUACCCAACACAAACACCAUCAGGCACCAAGUUUCCACCCAGAGGUUAACUAAGGCCAACCCCGCCUCCAAAAGCGUGGACUCUGUGGUGGUGAGCCGAACCAAGUCACCGACUACCGCUCCCCUGUCUGAACUAGACGAAGACUCGGAGGAGCUGCAGAUGAAACGGGAUAUGCCAAAGGGGGAACUAGGGGCGGCCUCAGGCGCGCCCAAAGCCGAAAUCGAGAUCACUUCCGAAAUGGGAGGAAGCUCAAACGUUUGAAUGAGAGAAGACAACUAUAUUCUGCUGAUGCUGUUCGAUGAAAAUGAUUGUUUGCUUUUGUCAAACAUGGGGACUUUUAUACAUGUUUGGCAUAUCAACCUUUGCAGAAGGGGCAUAUAAAGUAAAUUCUUCAGCCAGUCAGAGUAAAAGGAAAUUGUCGAUUUGAUCAAAAAAAGCUUCUCUUCUAUCAGUCAGUAAAACUUUGUCGCUUUAUCAAACAGAAUCUCAAAACAAAGAUAGCGAAAGCUUUAACUUUCAACAUGCCAUCUUAAGAAGUACUUUAAGUAUCUACUAACUGAGAACUGAGGGAAUGUGGUGUUGGACGCCGAUAGAUAGAAGAGUUGGUGGCGAGUGAUCAGAAUAGUCUUUAAUGAAAAAAUUCAGUAACGAUCCUUAAUGGUGUUUGAUCACAUAAAUUAUUGGUAAUUUUUUCUAACUGAACUGGAAUUGAUCUUACUUAUUCGGUUAAAACUUUGUAGCUGGUAAAAAACGACCUUUAGUCAUUGGUUCGAGCAAAUUUGUGCGGGUGAUUUACCAUAUAUAUUUGAUCUGAACUACUUCUGGAACUAUCACUCAAAUCUCAUUAAUUCACUCCCUAUUAAUCGACCUGUCGCUGCAUUAACCUUGAUAUCAAUGACGUUUGAGUGACGACAUCUAGGUUUACUUUGAGG